GUUUAGGGUUUAAGGGGCCUGGAUUUUAGGGUUUUUAGAGAGCGCGAUGGCAGGAGGAGGGAAGCGCAAAUUGGAGCGCGCUGACGAUGACGAUGAGGAAGAUUUCCCACGAGGAGGUAAGCAGGCAUUGUCUGCCGCCGAGAUCCAAGAGGCUAGAGCCGAGGCGGAGGCGGAGUUUAAUCGAGAAAAUGAGAAUUUGGGGAAGAAAACGAAGAAGAAGAAGAGGAAGGUGGAGGAGGAUCCCGAGGAAGAAACUCUUUUGCUCUCUGGGAACGCUCGAAAAUCAGUCGAGCUUUUGAAAUUCAGGAAAUUAUGUUCUGGAAUGCGACUCUGGGGCGCUGUUUCUGGCAUCAAUAAGACUGAUCUUUCCAUCAGCCUUCCAAAUGGAUUGCAUGGAUUUGUUAAAGUAGAUGAGGCAUUUCCCGAGUAUACUCCAGAUUUGAGCGACGAUAAGGGAAAAUGCCACCUUUUGUUGGAGGAAUUAUUCCAUGUUGGACAGUACGUUUCCUGUACUCUCUUGAACCUGGAGGAGACGAAGGGUGAUGGCCAGAAGAAGCAGCCCAGGAGAGCGGUUCUCUCGCUGCUUCCUCGACAUUUUAAUGAAGGAAUGACGAUGGACACGAUCUACGUUGGACAGCUGAUGAUUUCUUCAGUGAAGAGUAUCGAAGACCAUGGGUAUGUCUUGUCCUUCGGCUUGCCUGAGAUGUCAGGUUUCCUGCUCCACAAAGAUCAUCAAGGUGAGAAAUUGCGUGUUGGUGAAAUAAUGCAAAGCUGUGUCUCUGCAAUCGACAAGAAGCGUGGUGUAAUCAACCUCACGACGAUGCAACUAUCGUCUGCUAUGAAAGAGCACGAGAACCUCUCGCUAGGAACUCUUGUUCCUGGCGCGUUGGUCAAUGGAUGCGUCCAAGCUGUUAUGAGAAAUGGAGUACUUCUUUCCUUCCUUACAUAUUUUACGGGAAUUGUGGACAUUUUUCAUCUGCAGAGUGUUCUUUCGAGCAAGGACUGGGCACAAGAUUAUACUGAAGGAAAGCGGUUUAAGGCACGCAUUAUAUUCAUCGAUGCCAGAACGAAACGCAUUCGCUUGAGUUUGAGAUCGCAUUUAGUCGAUGCCGAAAUUGUCGUUCCAUCUUUGAACAGGGGCGAUGUUAUUGAAGCUGCAAGAAUCAAAAGGGUGGAUCCAGCAAUUGGUCUUCUUUUAGAGCUUCCUGCUACACCUCAUGUGGCUGGUUAUGUCAAUCACGCAGAUGUUUCUGACGUGAACGUCGACAAACUAGAGAAGAAGUUCAAGGACGGCCAGCGAGUUAAAGCCCGAAUAAUUGGGUUCAGGCUAAUGGAUGGAAUGGCAACUCUGACUCUUAAGGAAUCCAUGGUGAAGGGCGUCGUCAACAAGCUAGAUUUAAAGCCUGGCGCGCUUGUUCAUGGCGUAAUAACGAGAGUGGAAGCAUGCGGGGCCCUUGUAUCUCUCGGUGGAGUGAAGGGACUCUGUCCAGUUCAGCAUAUGUCCGAGUAUAAUCGUUUAAAACCAUCAUCGAAGUUUGAGGUUGGAAAAAAAAUGAAGUUCCGGGUACUUCAGUAUGACCAUGAAAAGAAAAAACUCUCUCUAACUUUCAAAAAGAGUUUGGUGUCAUCGAAGCUGCCGCUAAUAACAGCAUAUGAGGAUGCUGUCGACGGGCUUGUAACUCAUGGAUGGAUCCAAGGAAUCAGCAACAUUGGAUGCUUUAUGGAGUUUUACAAUCAUGUGAAGGGUCUUGUACACAGGUCCGAGUUAGGAAUUGGUCCUGACACACCAAUUGAAGCUGCUUUUCACGUUGGGCAAGUUGUGAAGUGUAGAGUAUUGGAGUCAGAUUUAAGCAAAAGAAGACUUAGUUUGAGCUUUAACAUGUCUUUAAGGCCAGGCGUCAAGCCUGGGAGCGUGGUUUCUGCUGUUAUCACACAAAUGGGCAGUUCGCAAAUCGAGUUACAAGUUAACGACGAUAUAGCCUCAACGAUGUCUUAUGAGCAUUUAAGUGAUACUCCGGUUCAUGCGGAACAGAUGAGAUCGCUGUUGAAGCCUGGGUUUAAAUUUGAUCGACUGCUUGUUCUCGGUUGGGAGCACUCGAAGCUGGUUUUGACGGCAAAGUACUCUCUUAUUGACGCUGCUGAAUCACUUCCAUCAUCCAUUCAUCAGCUUUCUCCAAUGGCAGUUUUACCGGGCUAUAUUUCCGUCAUACAUGACAAAUACUGCUUGGUUAGUUUUCUGGACGAUGUCACAGGCCUUGUACCCAUCGGUAACGCGUCCGAUGGCUACUUGGAAGAUCUUUCUCAAGUUUUCUUUGUUGGUCAAUCCGUACGAGCUCAAGUUUUGGAGGUCGAUUCUGAAAAUGAGAAAUUUGUUUUGAGCUUGAAACAGUCUGCAUGCUUCUCUACGGAUGUUUCACUUAUACAAGGGUACUUUCUAGAAGAGGAAUUGAUAGCGAAGUUGAAGGAGAAAGAAGGUCUAGAUUGGGGAAAUAAAUUGCAAAUUGGAGAAUUGGUCGAGGCUGAUGUUCAAGAGGUCAAAGACUAUGGCAUCAUUCUUAAUCUUAAGGACAAUGCAGACGUCGUUGGCUUCGCCACACACUAUCAAUCUGAUAGUCCGGUAGAGGUUGGUGCAGCGGUGAAAGCGUGUAUCCUUGAUGUCGUUAAAACAGACGGCAUUGUCGACCUUUCUCUGCAGAAGAAAAUGUUGAAAUUCAAGAAAACAAAGGCUGUUCUACAACUUCAUCAGAGAGUAGAAGUUGUUGUGGAGCUCGUGAAGGACGAGUAUCUGGUUUUAUCACUGCCAAAAUUUGGAAAUUCUAUUGGGUUUGCGUCGACUCGUGACUAUAAUAUCAGAGUGCUGCGACCUCAUGACCAUUACAGCCCUGGACAAAAAUUUUCGGCAACUAUUUAUUCUUUCGGAUCCGAGUCUGUAGGUGAAAGAACGCUUCUGCUGCUUGCGGAUACAAAACCAACCUUUUUCACCUACGUGAAGAAUGAUAUUGGCGCAAUCAUCGAAGGCCAGAUCCAAGAAAUUUCGUCACUACAUAUGAUCAUUCAGGCCGGGAUUAAUUUACGUGGAAAUGUACACAUUACAGAGGUUGUCGAUCAUUAUGAAGAAGGGAACCCGUUAAGAAAGUACAAUGCUGGGCAGACUGUUCGAGCUAAAAUCCUUUCAAAACGCAAAACCAGCAGAAAGCACGGAAAUGCUCCUACUUUGGAUCUAUCUCUACGUCCAUCUGAGCUUACAGGAAACGACUCUGCACGCUCAGUCAUCACUUUCGAGACCGUAACCAUUGGCCAGACGGUUGUCGGAUACGUCCAGGAAGUGAAAGAAAAUUGGGCAUGGUUAGUCUUGUCACCCCAUCUGAGGGGCCGCCUUUUUAUCCUGGACUCUUCUGACGAUCCCUCGGAGCUUGAGCGUUUCCAAGAGCGCUUCAAAGUCGGUGAUGCCUUUCAGUGCCAUAUAAGAAGUGUUAACCACGAAAAGAAGCAAGUGGAUUUGUCACUGCGCCCAAAAGACGAAGAUUUCAAGAAGGGCGACCUGUUAGGCGGACGCAUUACACGAGUUCGUCCUGGUGAUGGCGGGCUUACGGUGCAAGUCGGCUGGGAAACUUUCGGGAGAGUUCACGUAACGCACCUGGGUGAUACGUGGAUGGAUGACCCAGCCAGUCUAUUCACAGAGGGAAAGUUCGUAAGGUGCAGGGUUUUGGAUUUGAAGCCAACAUUGAAGGGGACGAAGGCCUUGGAACUUUCAUUGAGACCAUCGCUCGGUGGAUAUGGUGGUUUUGAGUCGCUUCCGAGCUAUCAAACGCUUGAAAGAAAGUCCAACGCUUGCAUUGUCAAUUCCGUGUCGGAGCUUCAGCAAGAUAUGCAAGUGCAAGGUUUUGUCAAGGAUGUGACGGAGAAAGGCUGCUUUGUGAUCCUGUCACCUUCAGUCGACGCUAGGAUUCUUUUGAAGAACUUAUCGAGCUCGUUUGUCCAGAACCCCGCAGAAAUGUUUCCCGCAGGCAAGCUGGUAUCGGGAAGAAUUCUAAGCGUUCGGCCCUUGUCUGGGCACGUUGAAAUGUCAUUGACAACAUCACAAGAAUCAAGUAGCUGGAAGACUUUUUGCGCUGGUGAUAUCGUUAGUGGCCGCAUACGCAGCAUCGAAGCAUUCGGGAUGUUCGUCGCCCUUGCCGACAGCGAUGUUGUUGGCUUGUGUCAUGUCUCCGAAGUAUCUGAUGAUUUUAUUCAAGACUUGCCAACACUUUAUAAAGUCGGCCAACGGGUACAAGUAAAAAUCCUGAAGGUUGACGCGGAAACCAAACGUAUUUCCCUUGGAAUGAAAGCGUCGUUUCUGACCCCUGACGAUGGCCUCGAGACGAUGGACGAAGAACCUGUAGCGGAAGAGCCUUCGACUGCGAACGUGCUUAUGGAAACUGACGAAAAGGAGGAGGACUACUUGGAUCUGGACACCGAGGCGACUCCUAUGGCUACGGAUGUCGAUCCACUGGAAGUCAAUCUCGAAGAAGACGUUGAGGACAAAGUGCCAGUAGAAGACGAGAAGCCUCCCACAGCGGAAGAGAGCAAGAAAAAGACCAAGAAGGAGAAGAAGCGCUUGAAAGAGCAGAGGGAGGCUGCCGUUCGAGCAGCAGAAGAGAAAUUCUUACAGAAGGACCAGCCUCCAGAAACCGAAGACGACUUUGAAAGGCUUGUAGCAGCAUCGCCAAACAGUAGCUACGUAUGGAUCAAAUACAUGGCUUACUGGUUGCGUCUCGCGGACCCGGACAAAGCGCGAGCAGUGGCUGACAGGGCUUUGGAGACGAUAAACUACCGAGAAGAGAUGGAAAAGAUGAACAUAUGGACGGCUUACAUCAACCUGGAAAACUCGUAUGCACCCUCUCCUCGGGAGGCCGUGUCUGCACUUUUCGAAAGAGCGAUGAAGUACUGUGAUCCCAAAAAGCUUCACUUGUCCCUGCUUGGCGUCUACGAGAGCACAAACCAGCACGAAAUGACUGACGCGCUGAUGAAAUCGAUGACACGCAAGUUUAAAACCUCUACCAAGGUGUGGCUGAGGCAUGUAAGCAACUUGCUAGGCCGAGGGCUGAGCGACAAGGCACGCAAAGCCUUUGAGCAAGCAUGCGUCGCUCUCCCUCGCCACAAGCACAUCAAGUUCAUCUCGCGAGCCGCCAUCCUCGAGUUCAAGUCGGGCUCGCCAGAGCGAGCGCGCGAGAUCUUCGAUGGCGUCCUUCGCAACUAUCCCAAGAAGACAGACCUCUGGAGCGUAUACUUGGACCAGGAAAUUCGACUAGGAGACACUGCAAUCGUCAGGAACUUGUUCGAGAGAGCUACGUGCCUGGAUUUACCAGCAAAGAAGAUGAAGUUCCUCUUCAAAAAGUAUCUAGACUUCGAGAAAGGCCAAGGCGACGAGACCCGGAUCGAGCACGUAAAAACGAAAGCUAUGGAGUUCGUAGAGGCUAAGGCCGGAUAGUCAGAGUAGCAGUAAGUAUCUAUCUAUUGAUUGAUCGAUCCACACAGACUUCCUUCCAAGAAGAACGAGAAGCUUGGAUGGAAGUUUUUGUAGCAAUCAACCGGCUCUAGUUCCCAGCUUUGCUCUUGCGC